AUGGAAAAGGGUAUGAGCCACCAGCAUACCCAGAUCAAGAGGAAGCAAGCCGCCAAUCAAGAAGAAACCAAUGGAGUAUGUCAUUAUUGGAGAUGGACUGAACCACCUAAGGAAGUCCAUGUCAGAAUAGAACCAGGAACUCAGGAGGAAGUGGAGAAGCCACCUGAAGAACCAAGAGUGUAUGAGCCAAAGAUCCCAUACAGAAAUGUUCUUUCUCAACCCAAGAAGGAGAAGGAGCAAGCAAAGCUCAAGGAUCUUGUUAGCCAACUUUCAGUAAGGUUACCUUUCAUUGAUGCCUGCCAAAUAAUUCCAUCUCUCAGGAAAUAUAUGAAGGCCAUACUCACAAGCAAUGUGAGUCUUGAAGAAGGAGCAAUGAUGAUUACAAAGGAGUGUAGUGCCAUACUUCAGAAUCGCAUGCCAGAGAAGCUGAACGACCCAGGAGUUUUGUUUUGUCUUGCAAGAUCGGUUCUACACACUUCCAUAGAGCACUUUGUGAUUUGGGUUCUAGUGUGA